CCAAGCGAAACAGUCUACCAACCGCUGCCACGUUUUCAUCUAUUGGUAAACAUCAGCUGCUGGUUGGUCUUGAGGGAGGAAGACUGAAUUAGUUCCAGAUGGAGAACUCUUUCAGCCCAUCUAAGGCUUUCCAGUUGAUUUAAGACAGCAGGCAGAAAAAAUGGAAUAGACCACAUGAAGAAGCAUGUGAAGUUUAUUUUUAUGCAACAUGUUAUUUGGAGGACCAAGUAGACUUUUUCAGGCCAUGGGAGAUGAAAGACUAAUCACGUGAUACUUCUGUUUCGUCGACGUGCUCUUCUGUGCUAAGUCAAUGUUGGUUUGUAUUAAGGACAAAUAUUAAUUUCUUAAUGUCAGCAUGUCGACUGUGACAAGUGCUCAGACACCGGAGGAACCUGAUCCUCCCUGCCUUGAAGAGAAGCCAAAGGGAAAAUCACUAUUUCAUUUCAGUUCGCUCUUUGCUAACAGGAGUGAAAAAUUUGAAAUUGCUAGGAGUGACAGUGUGCCAGAGGAAAACGUUCUGAAAAUAACUAUCACAGAGACUACGGUAAUUGAGUCGGACUUGGGCAUCUGGAAUUCUCAUGCUCUCAUCUACCUCACUUUGUGGUUUUUCUUCAGCUUUUGCACUCUUUUUCUUAACAAAUACAUUCUUUCGUUACUGGAAGGAGAGCCCAGCAUGCUAGGUGCUGUUCAAAUGCUUUCAACCACGUUCAUUGGCUGUAUAAAAAUGUUUGUUCCAUGCUGCUUGUAUCAACACAAAACACGUAUCUCUUAUCCACCCAAUUUCAUCAUGAUAAUGCUGUUUGUUGGAUUAAUGAGAUUUGCAACAGUAGUCUUGGGUCUUGUCAGCUUGAAAAAUGUGGCAGUUUCAUUUGCAGAAACUGUUAAAAGCUCUGCACCUAUUUUUACUGUUAUCAUGUCUCGGAUGAUAUUAGGGGAAUACACUGGAUUGCUGGUUAAUCUCUCUCUAAUUCCUGUUAUGGGUGGGCUAGCUCUAUGUACAGCUACUGAAAUCAGUUUCAACAUUCUAGGUUUCUCGGCAGCUUUAUCUACUAAUAUCAUGGACUGUUUGCAAAAUGUCUUUUCCAAAAAACUACUCAGUGGAGAUAAAUACAGAUUUUCAGCCCCAGAGCUUCAGUUCUACACAAGUGCUGCUGCAGUGGUUAUGCUUAUUCCAGCUUGGAUAUUUUUCAUGGAUGUGCCUGUGAUUGGGAAAAGUGGGAGGAGCUUCAGCUACAACCAAGAUGUUGUCAUACUUCUCUUAAUAGAUGGAGUCUUGUUCCACCUACAAAGUGUUACAGCCUAUGCCUUGAUGGGAAAAAUUUCUCCUGUGACUUUCAGUGUUGCUAGUACUGUGAAGCAUGCGCUGUCAAUCUGGCUAAGUAUUAUUGUGUUUGGUAACAAAAUUACAAGCCUCUCAGCCAUUGGGACUGUUCUAGUGACAAUUGGAGUUCUACUAUAUAACAAGGCAAAGCAGCAUCAGCAAGAGACUAUACAGAGCCUGGCAGUUGCAGCCCCGCAAUCUGCACAAAGUACAACUGAAGAUACUGAGCCACUAAUUUCCAAGGAUUUGGAACCGUAUGAUUAAUAUGGUCAUUUAUUCUUCCAGCCUAGUGUAACUCAAAGGAACUCUUCCUGAAAGUAGUUGUUUCUUCAACUGUUAAUGCUGAUUUGGUUUCUUUGAGUUCAUGGCAGGUCAAGCCUGGGACUUGAAGCAGAGAGAAAACAAUGGGAAGAAUCCAGUAAGCCUUGAUUUACUGAGAGACUGAUAUACCAAACAGAGGACCUAGUGUCAUGUAAUGUCAUAAACUUGGGCUUUAUUGUCUUUCCUUGACUGCAAAUAACAUACAAACCUAUAUAAGAGAAGGAACUUCAGUGUCUUGUGGGAAGAUGAUUCCUUCCUCCAUACCCAUCAAAAUAAUGUGAAAACGUGGACCCAUCACUGUAUUCUGCUUGCAGUGGAAUGAAAUUGGUGCAUAACUGAAAUUCCUAGUUGUUUGUUACUCUGCUCUGCCUGCAUCCUCUGUCAUUUCUGUGCGUUGUAGAGCUGGAAGAAGGAACCCCCUCCUCUCCCAACAGAUGACUUAUUCUGGUAUACAUUUAGUUGAAGCAAACUAUGGAAAUGAGCCCGUG